UUUGCAUAGUAAUGUGUCGAGAGUAGCGGUUAUUUACCCGGCGUGAGUCAGAGAGGAGUAGCUCGCGACUCCAGCGCGUAUAUAAAUACUUGUCUACGAGCGAACACCAACAACAUUACCACAUAGCACUCACCACAAUGAAGACUUUUAUAUGCGUCGGCCUGCUGGCAUGCGCAUGCGUGGCGUACGCGUCAGCCAUCCCCGUGGAGGCUGCAGUAGCUGCCAGUGACUCUGCACCACUCCUGGUGGCAGUAGAAGGAGGCGAUGAGACGCUGAAGACCGAUGAGUCCCGCUGGGGAGGUUGGGGCGGCGGCCACAGGCAUGGUGGAUGGGGAGGCCGCGGAUGGGGCGGCGGCCGCGGAUGGGGUGGCGGCGGAGGCUACGGUGGCGGCGGCGGCUACGGAGGCGGUGGCGGCUUCGGCGGCGGCGGCGGCUUCGGUGGCGGCGGCGGCUUCGGCUACGGAGGCGGCUUCGGCUAUGGAGGCGGCGGCGGUUGGGGACGUUAACACCAGUGCAGUGUACAUGAAUUCCGUUUGGUAUUUACAUCUGUGAUGAUAUCUAUAACUUUGAAGUUAAAUUAUAAAGUUUAAGCACA